GCUGUGCGUCAACCUCCGGCCACGGCUGAGUUAUUUUGGACCAGGCUGCUAAAUUAGUCACGCAGAGGGCACUUCUCCAACCCACGGCUCACCGAGCACAUUCACCAGCGUGCAAACCCGGCGACGCCGGCGCAGCUCCAGGGGGAAUGGAUGCCGCCUGACGCGGUCUGACGCGGCCUCCCGCGCUCCAGCUUCCCCGUGGCCCAGCGCGGCCCGAGGGCGGCCCCUGAGAGACUAGUGGAGGCGCCACCGCGAGGGCCAAGGCGGGAAAGGCGACCGCGGGCGCUGAUUCCGCUGGCUCGUCUCCCCCUGGCGACCCGCCUCUGCGCUGGGAGAAGAGAACAGCGGCCGCGGGAUGAAGGUAUCCUGCACAACACCUUCCCGACCAGGCCCAGCUAUGCGUGUCCUUGUAAGAAAGCCUCAUAGUGGAACAGCUGUUUGAUCCAUUCAAACGAAAGGAUGAAAACUCUACCUAAGAACACGAUGUGAAUGGAAGAGACCUGUCAUUAUGCAAAUAGUACGUCACUCAGAACAGACACUAAGAACAGCUCUCAUCUCAAAGAACCCAACACUUGUGUCCCAGUAUAAGAAGUUAGAUGCCGGGGAACAGCGUUUGAUGAACGAAGCCUUGCAGCCCGCCAGUGAUCUCUUUGGACCUAUUAUCUUGCAUUCUCAGUCAGAUUGGAUCACCUCUCAUCCUGAGCCUGCCCAAGACUUUGAAGAGUUUUUCAGUGAUCCUUACAGAAGAACACCCUCUCCAGAGAAAUGCAGUAUUUAUAUACAAUGCAUUGGAUCUCUAGGAAACACCAGAAUAAUCAGUGAAGAAUAUAUUAAAUGGCUCAAGGGCUACUGUGAAGCAUUUUUCUAUGGCUUGAAAGUAAAACUCCUAGAACCGAUUCCUGUCUCUGCAACGAGGUGUCCCUUUAGAGUCAAUAAUAACACCCAAAACCUACAAAUACAUGCAGGGCACAUCCUGAAGUUCUUAAAAAAGAGGAAACCUGAAGAUGCCUUCUGUGUUGUGGGAAUAACAAUGAUUGAUCUCUACCCAAGAGACUCCUGGAAUUUUGUCUUCGGACAGGCCUCUUUGACAGAUGGUGUGGGGAUAUUCAGCUUUGCCAGGUAUGGCAAUGAUUUUUACAGCUCACACUAUAAAGGCAAAGUGAAGACGUUGCAGAAAAAAUCUUCAAGUGACUAUUCCAUUUUUGAUAACUAUUACACUCCUGAAGUGACUAGUGUUUUGCUGCUUCGGUCCUGUAAGACUUUAACCCACGAGAUUGGACACAUAUUUGGAGUCCGGCACUGCCAGUGGCUUGCUUGCCUAAUGCAAGGCUCCAACCACUUGGAAGAAGCUGACCGGCGCCCCCUAAAUCUGUGCCCUAUCUGUUUACGCAAGUUGCAGUGUGCUAUUGGCUUCAAGAUUGUAGAAAGAUACAAAGCGCUGGUGAAGUGGAUUGAUGAUGAAUCUACUGACACACCUGGAGUCACUCCGAAACAUAGUCGUGAGGAUAAUGUCAAUUUGCCAAAACCUGUGGAAGCCUUUAAAGAGUGGAGAGAGUGGAUAAUAAAAUGCCUUGCUGUUGUCCAAAAAUAAGAACUUCAAAUAGGAAUAAUUAAAUAAAGACUUGCACAUUAUGCUUUCCUUUGGGUAGAGGACUUCACUGGGAUAAACUUUACUGAUUCUGCCCUGUAUCAGAGUAACAGAAGCACCUUUAAAGUACCCAAACUUGUAAUGAGUCUCAUUUUGAAUGAUAAGAAUUCUCAGCUCUUUUACUUCUGUCUUAGUAGCCUGGUCUGUGGCAGCUAGCACAUCAUUUCCAUUCUUCAAAUAUGUGUAUGUCUCCUAAGAGAGCUAGGAUUAGCAGUAACUAGUAAGUAAAUAAACAGUGUAAACAUAGCUGUAUAUAUCUCAAGAAAGGAUUUUCAAGGAACCUAAUUUCCAAGGGGUGAUUUCUGCUUCAAUUUUUAGAGAGAGGUGCCCCCUCUCUGUUAGACCCAGCAAGGUCACCUUCUCCAUUCACAUCCCUUCUUUUCUGUGAACUUUCUCUGCCCUCUGGCCUGCCUGACUUCUUGUUUCUCUGCUUCUUGUCAGCUUCUCCCUGAAAGAAGCAACAGCAUGUGUUGAUUUUUAGCAGCUUUAAAUGUGACCGUCUCUAGAAUAUUUACAAGUGAAAAUAGGAGUAGUACUAGUACUAUAACAGUGGUGAGGGGGAGGGAGAGUGUACAUUGCAAUGGUCAGCUUUAACCCAUAUAGUCAUUUGGAAUUCUUACAAUUUGUUAUAAUGGUCCUUAUGUUUGAGUGUCACACUUUUCCUAUCGGAUUAGAGCAGCUGUUGGGUUUAUUCCUACAAUAAUGUCUCUCACUUUGCAGUAAGUGUUUGCUUGAGAAGGGGAGACAGUGUGAUGGGCUUACCUGUCAGUGUGUUAAGAAUGCCCAUGAUUCCCAUCCGGCUGUGAACAUCAGCUGCAUUUCCAUGGUGGGGAACAGGUUGAAAACCUCAGAUGCAACAAACCACCUCUGCUAGAUUACUGAGUGACGUGAGCAGAGAGCAUUUCCCCCUUUCCCAUCUUAACCUUGAGGGUGAAACUUAAAGGUAAUUGUUAUUUUUAACUUUGAAAAUUUAAUUCUUAAAAAAAUUAAUAAAAUAAAAUAAAAACCUUAAUUCUUUUCCUGUUAUGCAGUAUGAUUUAAACCACAUUUUAUAACCAAAUCAAUGGAUUCCCUUACAUUCACUCCCCUACUUGAUUAAAUCUGAGUCAUUUCGAAAAUUAGAAAAUGGUGGUUUGCCAUUAAAACCAAACGGAAAGUGAACACUUGCUAAUUUAUUACUGAGAACCCAAUGGCUCAUAAAACUUAUGGGUUUUAUUACCCCAAAUAAUAUAUUUUCUCCAAAUAAUGUAUUUUUGGUUAUUCUCAAUUUUGUUGUUUUUCAUUUUCCUACAAGGUAAGCACAUUUUAGCCCUUGUAGUUCAGUGUUACUGCAAUUUUCUUUAUUGUGCUUUCCAGAUAUUUUGUUUUUCAUUAAUUGAAGUUUUGUGGCAACCUGUAUCAAAUAAGUGUAUUGGUGUCAUUUUUUCAAUAGGUUUUGAUGAUAGUUAACAUUUUUAGCAAUAAAAUAUUUUUAAAUUAAGGUAUGCGCAGUUUUUUAGACAUAAUGCUAUUGCACACUUUAUAGUAGACUAUAGUAUAGUAUAGUGUAAACGUACCUUUUACAUGCACUGAGAAACCAAAAAAAUUUGUGUUGAUUAAUUGUAAAAUUUCCCUUUAUCGCUGUGGUCUGGAACAGAACCCUCUGGAUCUCUGAGAUAUGCCUGUACUUACAAACAACUCAUUCUGUGAGGUGUGUAAACUGGGAGUUACAAUUAUUUGGACAAGAUGUAAUGCUCAUUUGUACUAGUCUGCACUGUGAAAUCAGGAGAAAGAUCUAUUAAACAAAUUCUUCAGUCUUGUUAAAAGUUGGACAAAGUUUUGUAACAGGCAUUUAUUCAAAAUCGUCACUUAAGUGUUGUGUAUAACUAAUUAUUGGGUUGUAUGUUCUUUUGGGCAAUUUCUUAGGGUUGUUUAAAAAUACAAUCUGUUUACAGCAAAUAAAUUUUGUGUCCUAUAGGUAAA